UGUUUGCAGUUUUGGGGGCGUGGCUGCCUGCUGCAAAGAGAAGUUUCCAAGCUAUUUCAAGCUCUCUCCGGCCUCUAAUAAUGGCAGACAAGGCGCUUAAAGCUCCUCCACAGAAGCUCAAGAACCCGGAGGAUGUGCGCUAUAGGAGAGAUCAGGUGCUGACAAAGUACCAAGGCUUCAAGGACGCUGCUCGCCAACGCAGGGACAAGCUAGAAGCUGCAAAGAAGUUUCAGCAGUUCAAGCGUGAUGCAAGCGAGCUGGAGGCAUGGAUAAACGAGAAAAUACAUGUUGUAUCCAAUGACUCAUACAAGGAUCGCACAAAUUUGCAGGGUAAGAUUCAAAAGCAUCAGACGUUUGAGGCAGAGCUGGCAGCACAUAGCAACGCCAUUCACACACUCAAGAGCACUGGGAAGGGCAUGAUCGAUCGACAACACUUCGCAUCAGCUCAGAUACGGGCCCAGUUGGACAACCUCUCGCGGUUAUGGCAGAAGCUCAUUGACACAUCCACGGGCAAACGACAAAACUUGCAAGAUGCACUGAAGCGAGAACAUUUUGUACAGAAAGCUGACGAAGUGGCCACUUGGAUAUCCGAUAGAGAAGCUGUGGCCAGCUCAGAUGAAGUGGGCAAGGACUUGGAACAUGUCGAGAUGCUGCAAAAGAACUUUGCUGACUUCAUGAAAGAUGUUCAAGCAAACGAGUCUAGCAUAGCACAAGUGAACCAGAUGGCAGAUAAACUGCUGACUGAGCAUCACCCAGACGCUGAGCUCAUCCGGAGCAGACAAGAGUCCGUUAAUGAGGGGUGGUCUGACCUUCGAACCCUGGCAAAGUACAGAGAGGAAAAGCUAGCUGGUGCUUUUGAGAUACAGAAAUACAACCGAGAUGCUAACGAGACUAAGAGUUGGAUGAAUGAGAAGGACACUGCCCUCCUCUCUGAUGACUAUGGGCGUGACCUAGCCAGUGUACAGGCUCUACAGAGGAAGCACGAGGGACUAGAGAGAGACCUCGCUGCUCUAGAAGACAAGGUCAAAGUACUCGGGGAAGAGGUCCGGGAGCUUCAAUCAAAACACCCGGACAAUGCUGAUGAGAUUGCAGCCAAACAAGCUGAGAUAGUGGGACUAUGGGAGGGCAUCAAGAGGAAGGCUUCCAAACGUGGCAACAGGCUAGAAGAUGCUCUCCAGUUCCAGAAGUUUCUUGGAGAUUGUCGUGAGCUCAUCUCCUGGGUGAAGGACACCAGUGCUCUAAUCGUGGCUGAUGAGCUGGCUAAGGACGUGGCCAGUGCUGAGGCUCUACUCCAGAGGCACAGAGAGAGGAAGGAAGAGAUCGAUGCUCAAGAAGGGAGCUUCAAAACCACCUCUCAGUUUGGGCAAACUCUCAUAUCCUCAGGGCACUUUGCUUCAGAGGAAAUCAAAGAAAAGCUUGAAUCAUUGACGAGUGACAAGACGUCUCUGCUGACUCUGUGGGAUGAGAGGAAGGCUCAGUUUCACGAGUGCAUGGAGCUCCAGUUAUUCAUGAGAGACGCUGACCAGGCAGAAAACUGGAUAGCCAAACAAGAGGCCUUCCUUGCUAUAGAGGACAUCGGGGACACUCUAGAGUCUGUCGAGGCUCUCAUCUCUAAACACGAGAACUUUGAGAAGUCCUUGUCAGCUCAAGAGGAGAAAUUCAAGGCCCUGGAUGAGAUGGCGUCUAGUAUGGUGGUAGCUGAACACUAUGCUACCAUGGAAGCUCAUGCCAAGAGAGAGGAGGUGAUGAGACACAGAGGUGAGCUCAAGGCCCACGCUGAGGCACGGAGGGGACGACUGGAACAGUCUCACAGUCUACAGCAGUUCCUCAGGGAUACGGGGGAAACACAGAACUGGGUGGCAGAGAAAACCAAGAUUGCUAGCGACGAAUCGUACAAAGACCCCACCAAUCUCGAGGCAAAGUUGCAGCAUCAGCAAGAUUUCGAAUCCGAAUUGCAGGCCAACAAAGGAAGAGUGGAAGCAGCCAUAGAACUGGGGGAGGAGCUUAUCGCAGGAGAGCAUUUUGCAUCCGAGGCUAUUCUGUCACGUUUGGAGGAGUUACGAGUGUUGUGGGCGGAGCUUGAGAAGCGCUCGACUGACAAGGGACGUAAACUGAAGGAGGCAAGUGAACAGCAACAGUUCUAUCGUGCUGUGAAGGACGUUGAUCUCUGGUUGGACGAGGUGGAGAAACAGCUGAGUUCUGAUGACCUCGGCAAGGAUUUACCUGGAGUUCAGAAACUUCAGAAGCGACUGAAUUUGCUGGAGAUGGACAUUGUGGGUCACCAGAACCAGAUAGACAGUCUCUCGAGUCAAGUGGAAGCAUUCGAAGAGAGCGGGCAUUUUGAUUCUGCCAGUAUCCAGGAGAGGCAGCUGGAGCUAGUGGCACGAUACGAUGGACUACAAGACCCUCUAUCGCAACAGAAGUGUCGACUGGAGGCAUCACAACAGCUGCAGCAGUUCUUUCGUGAUGUGGAGGAUGAGGAAGCAUGGAUCAAAGAGAGGAAACCCGUCGCCGCCUCCUCAAACACUGGGAAGGAUUUGACUGGUGUGCAGAACCUCCUCAAGAAACAUCAGACACUUACCACUGAGAUCUCCAGUCACGAGGCUCGUAUCAAUAGUGUCUCCUCCACUGGGGAAGCCAUGACCACACAGGGUCACUACGGUGCCCCGGAUAUUAAGAUAAAGAUCUCCAGUCUCAACUCUGUUUGGACGAGACUGAAGGAGUUGAGCCAGCUACGACAACAAGCACUGGAGGAUGCCCUCAAGGCACAGCAGUACUUUAGUGAUGCUCAGGAGGCAGAGUCCUGGAUGAAAGAGAAAGAGCCGGUUGUGUCAAGUGUUGAUUUUGGGAAGGACGAGGAUAGUGCCCAGGCUCUACUGAAGAAGCACGAGCUAGUGAUCAAUGACAUUGAGGCCUACAGUUCCACCAUCUCUAGUCUGGAGGGCCAGUCUGCAAACUGCAAGGGCACUACGGCAGCUGUGGUGGUCCAGUCCCCCACACCCAAGAAGCCGACAGUGAAGGCACUCUAUAGUUACAAGGGCAAGACUGCCAGAGAGAUGACCAUGAAGAAAGGAGAUGCUCUCAAUCUCGUUAGCUCGUCCAACAAGGAUUGGUGGAAGGUGGAAUUAAAUGGCAAACAAGGAUUUGUCCCAGCUGCGUAUGUCCGUAAGAUAGCCACACCCACUUCCUCUCCCUCGGACACACUCACCACUUCCUCUCUCACCUCCAUCUCCUCACAAGACUCCGCCCACAAUCUCACGCUGAACAUUAGCGGACAACAAGACACGGUCCAAUCAAAACAGGUCUCCAUUAAAAGCAAAUACAACCGACUACAGCAACUGGUUAAAGACAGAAAACAAGGUCUUGAAGAGUCAAAGAAAAAGUUCCACCUCACGCGAGAUAUAAACGAAUUAGAGCAUUGGAUAACUGAGAGAGAGGCUCUGGCUAGUACGGAUGAGCUUGGUAAAGAUAUCGAGCAUGUGGAGGCACUAAAGAAGAAGUUUGAGGAUUUCCAGACGGACAUUGCGGUGAACAAAGCUCGACUGGACGGUAUCAAUGAUCUGGCUGAGGCUAUGAUCAGCGAGGGACACACGGACAGUGGAGAGAUACAGCUCCAGACUGACGCCCUCAACCAACACUGGGAGGACCUCACUCUACUGGCUAAGAAGAAGAAGAAAGCUCUCAAUGGAUCUCAUGAGAUACAGACCUUUAUCAGGGCUGUUGACGAGACUAAGAGUUGGAUGAAUGAGAAGGACACUGCCCUCCUCUCCGAUGAUUAUGGGCGUGACCUGGCCAGUGUACAGGCUCUACAGAGGAAGCACGAGGGACUAGAGAGAGACCUCGCUGCUCUGGAGGACAAGGUCAAAGUACUACGAGAAGACGCUGCUCGUGUGGUCGUAGCUCAACCCAACUCUGGGAAGACGGUCAGAGCCAAAGAGAGGGAAAUACAAGACGCCUGGAGGACACUCAAAGCUCAGUCUGAAGGCAGACGAAAUAAGCUCGUGGACUCUCACGACCUCCAGCGUUUCCUUGGCGACUAUCGUGCUCUGGCCGGCUGGAUCCAUUCCACAAAUGCCCUAGUCUCUUCUGAUGAGCUGGCGAAGGAUAUGGGCGGGGCUGAGUUGUUGCUGGAGAGGCACCAGGAGCAGAGAGUGGAGAUAGACGCACGGAAAGCUGCAUUUACUGCCUUUGACUCAUUCGGAGGACAACUGUUAGCCAAACAACACUUUGCAUCCUCGGAGAUUGGAGAUAAGAUUAAAUCACUCAAACAAGAACGAGCUUCACUAGAAAAGGCAUGGGCAUCACGUAAGCAGCUGCUGGAUCAGUGCCGGGACCUGCAGAUGUUCUAUCACGAGGCAGAGCAAGCAGAGAGUUGGAUGGGCAAGAAGGAGACUUUCCUCUCCAACGAAGACCUCGGUAACUCACUGGAUGCUGUCGAGGCACUCAUCAAGAAGUACGAGGACUUUGACAAAGCUCUGCAAGCUCAGGAGGAGAAGAUCAGUGGACUGCAGAGUUUUGCUGAUCGCCUCAUUCAAAGCCGUCACUAUGCGGCCGUGGAGGUUGCCGAGAGACGAGCGAGUAUCCUAGCACAUUGGUCCAAGCUCAAAUCGGCCAUGUUAGUGUGGAGGAACAAGCUAGGUCAGUCUCGAAGCCUGCAACACUUUAAGAGGGAGACAGACGAGGGACAGGCGUGGAUGAGCGAGAAGAUGCAGACAGCUUGCGAUGAUUCGUACAAAGACCCCACCAACUUGCCGGGCAAGCUGCAGAAGCACCAAGCAUUCGAGGCUGAGGUGAUCGCUAACAAGGACAGGAUAUUCUCAACCGUGGCGAUGGGUCAAGCUCUCAAUGAUAACAACGAGUGUAUUGGGCACGAAGCAGAGGUCAAAGGUUAUGUGGAAGCCUUGCAACAGCAGUGGGAGGGGCUACUAGAGAAAAUUCACGAGAAAACUCAUAAACUUCGCGAGGCCAAUCAGCAACAGCUGUUCAACGAGGCCACUAAGGAUCUUGAUUUCUGGCUCUCAGGAGUUGAGGCGCAGCUCUCGUCUGAAGAUUUUGGCAGAGAUUUGUCGGGAGUGCAGAACCUCAUCAAGAAGCAUCAGCUGACAGACAACGAUAUUACCGCCCACAAGGAUCGGAUAGCCGACCUGAACAGACAAGCUGACAAGUUUGUGAGGGAGCAGCACUUUGAUGCAGAGAGCAUUCAAGAGAAACAAGGACACAUCAAUGACAGAUAUGAGAGUCUACAAGAGCUGGCUAGUCAGAGGCGAGCUAGACUAGAGUCCUCCCUGGGUCUGCAGCAGUUCUAUCGUGAUUUGGACGAGGAGGAAACCUGGAUCAGGGAGAAAAACUUGCUGCUGGGUGGAGACAAUUUCGGCCGAGAUCUGCUGAGUGUGCAGAAGUUACAGAAGAGCCACCAACAGUUCCAGGCCCAACUUUCCACUCACAAGUCCUGCAAAGAAUCACUCCUCUCUCUCGGCAAGAAGCUGACCAGAGAGAGUCCUCAUGCCAGCAGUGCGGCUAUACAAGAGAGGUGUGCUCAGUUCGAGGGAGUCUGGGAGAGCUUGGUCGAAGCAUCGAACAAUAGGAAGAGAAAGCUUGAGGAAGCUUUGCUGUAUCAGCAAUUUUGUGUGAGCCUUGACGAAGAGGAGGCGUGGCUUAACGAGAAGACGGUCCUCGUGUCCAACGAAGACAGCGGGGACACUCUUGCAGCUGUUCAGGGCCUUCUGAAGAAGCACGAGGCGUUUGAAUCAGACGUAGCUGUGCACAGAGGGAGAGUGAGGGAGACGGAGGCAACCGGGGAGAACCUCAUCUCAGAGGGCAACUAUCAGAGCAAGAGCAUCACCCAGCGACUGUCUGGGCUCAAGAGGAAGCUCUCAGACCUGGAGACUGCUACUGCCACUCGCAGGAAGAAGCUCAACGCAUCAUCAGAGUACUUACAGUUCACGUGGAAGGCAGACCUCGUCGACUCGUGGAUAAAGAGCAAGGAAGGUCAAGUGAAGUCCGAUGAUCUUGGCAAGGACAUUAUUUCUGUACAAGCUCUACUUGUUAAACACGAGACAUUUGAGAGUGGACUGUCAUCGUUUGAGGGUGAGGGUGUGGGGGGUCUGACGAGCCUCAAGGACAAGCUGGUGGGGGGUGGUCACCCACAGGAGAGGCAGAUCAAAGAGAGGCACUCCACCGUCAUGGCCAAGUGGGAGAAGCUUAAGAAGGACAGUGAGGGGCACAGGGCCAGACUGCAGAGGUCACUGGAGCAGUUCAAGAAGCUUGAAGACCUGUAUCUACAGUUUGCAAAGAAGGCCUCCUCUUUUAACAGUUUACUGGAGGAUGCAGAGGAGGACCUCACAGAGUCCGUGCGCUGUACCUCCGUGGAAGAAAUUAAGAGUUUGCGGGAGUCUCAUACUCAAUUCCAAUCCUCCCUGGCCACAGUCCGUUCCGAUUUCAAACAACUAGGCGCACUCGACCGACAGAUAAAAUCAUACAAUGUCACAAGCAACCCGUACACCUGGUUCACGCUGGACACGCUAGAGGAAGGUUGGCAGAAGGUACAGAAGUUGGUCAAAGAGAGAGAGAUGGCACUGCUCAAAGAGGCUAAGAGACAGGAGAGAAACGAUGAACUGAGGAAGACGUUUGCACAACACGCCAACACUUUCCACUCUUGGCUGACCGACGUCAGGACGUUCCUGAUGCAAGGCACUGGUACGUUGGAGGAACAGCUGGAGGCAGUAAAGGGAAAGUCGUCGGAGGUGACUGCUAGGAAAGGUUCUCUGAGGAAAGUGGAGGAAUUGGGAGCAAAUAUUGAAGAGGCACUCAUCUUUGAUAACAGAUACACUGAGCACAGUCCGGUGAGCUUGGCACAGCAGUGGGACCAGCUACGACAGAUGGUCAUGAGAAUGCAACACAAUCUGGAGCAACAGAUACAAGCAAGGAACACGAUUGGAGUGUCUGAGGAGCAGCUGAAGGAAUUUACUGCAAGUUUCAAACAUUUUGACAAGGACAGGAGUGGUAAACUAGAGCAUCAGGAGUUCAAGUCUUGUCUGAGAUCGCUGGGUUAUGACGUCCCGUUACUGGAGGGGAGAGAGACAGACCCAGAGUUUGAAGCCAUUCUCGACCAAGUGGAUCCUAACAGGAAUGGAUUCAUUACACUAGAGGACUACAUGUCAUUUAUGAUCAGCCGUGAGACUGAAAACGUCCAAUCAUUAUCGGAGGUGGAGAGUGCCUUCAGGGCAAUCACAUCGGACGGGGACAAGCCGUUUGUCACCAAGGAUGAAAUGUUUCAAGCCUUGUCACGGGAGCACGCAGAGUACUGUGUCAAGAGGAUGAAGCCGUACAAGGAUUCAGGGGGGAGGGCAGUACAGGGAGCUCUCGACUACAAGGACUUUGCUCAGACAUUGUUCGGUACAUAGCUGACAAUAUAGCAACAAAAUCUCACUUAUUUUUGUCUCAUCAUUUUUAAAGACUGUUUUUAGCUACCGUUUGCAAACAACUCUACCAUAAUUAUUUUGUAUUAUAGCCUAGUUUUGUAUUUUAGACAAUUAAUUAUUUAAAGUCUCUUGAA